CUCCCCCUCACAGAUAAUGGGAGGAGCCUGGCCAGACGGAGUUCUUUCCUUUUGCUGCUGCGGCCGCAGCCAUGAGUAUGCUCAGGCUUCAGAAGAGACUUGCCUCCAGUGUCCUCCGCUGUGGCAAAAAGAAGGUCUGGCUGGACCCCAAUGAGACCAAUGAAAUCGCCAAUGCCAACUCCCGUCAGCAGAUCCGGAAGCUGAUCAAAGAUGGCCUGAUCAUCCGGAAGCCUGUGACUGUCCAUUCCCGGGCUCGAUGCCGGAAAAACACCUUGGCCCGCCGGAAGGGCAGGCAUAUGGGCAUCGGUAAGCGAAAGGGUACUGCCAAUGCUCGAAUGCCAGAGAAGGUAACCUGGAUGAGGAGGAUGAGAAUCCUGCGCCGGCUGCUUAGAAGAUACCGUGAAUCUAAGAAGAUUGACCGCCACAUGUAUCACAGCCUGUACCUGAAAGUGAAGGGUAAUGUGUUCAAAAACAAGCGGAUUCUCAUGGAACACAUCCACAAGCUGAAGGCAGACAAGGCUCGCAAGAAGCUUCUGGCGGACCAGGCUGAGGCCCGCAGGUCUAAGACCAAGGAAGCACGCAAGCGCCGUGAAGAGCGGCUCCAGGCCAAGAAAGAGGAAAUCAUCAAGACUCUCUCCAAGGAGGAAGAGACCAAGAAAUAAAGCCUCCCCCUUUCUUGUCUGUACAUAGUGGCCUCAACAGUUCGGUAGAUCAACCAUUCAAUAAAACAAGCCUGUGUCUGCCUA